AUGGACCGCGAGGCGCUCCGCAUGCUGUGCUCGACGCAGUUCUGGCGGAUGGCCGUCCUCUGGGCCCUCUCCCUCCUCCACUCCUACCUCCUCGUGUUCCUCCGCGGCCGGGCGGCCGCUCCUCGCCGCCGGCAGCCGCGGCCCCCGAAGGCUGCUGCCCCAUCUGCGUUGUCACCGGGGAUGAUACAGACAAACUACAUUGGUCCAUUUAUGCUGACGAACAUUCUUUUACCAUUGCUGAAGAACAGCUCGGUGCCUUCUCGAGUGGUUAAUCUAACUUCUUUCACACACAGGUGUGUGUCAGGUAUUGAUGUAUGCGAGGAUGCAUUGAGAGGGAUGAAAUUUGGCCGGUGCUCAGUAGGGGGAAGUUACCCCUUAGCUUCUACUUAUGAGUAUACCAAACUGCUGCUGCGAGAGCUUCCUCAAUGUCUCUCUUGGUUCGCAUUUUUGGCUCUGCGCUCCCUUAAACUCCUGCAGGAACCUGAUACAGGGGUUGGUGCUGUCCUUGAUGCUGCUUUGGCGCUGCCUGAAGAAUCUGGGAAGUAUUUCUUUGGUGGGAAAGGGAAAACGAUCAGAUCCUCCCGACUGUCCUAUGACACCAAAGUAGCCAAGAAGCUGUGGGCAGAAUCGUCAGCAGUGUUCAAGGAGCUGCAGCUUAGAGGAGGCGAUUUUAGGGAUAGUUAA